UUGGCCAGUUCAGUUCACUUGCGUACGCCGUGGAAUCAACAACACGCACCAGGACCCACAUUAUCCGCAACACAUAUUCCGAUCUGAUCCAAUCCGACCAAAUUAGAGCCCAACGAAAGCGAAAUCUCAAUUAACCGCCAUGGAGUUCAACAAUCGCCUGUUGCUGAAAAUCAUUGAGCUGGCCAUCGCCAUCGCCUGCAUUGUGUUGUACGAGACGGUUGGGAACCUCUCCUCUCGUCCGGUGAUUGUGGCCGGCACCAUCGGUGGUUUCACCGUCAUCUGCGGCGUUCUGCUUGUCGGUCAUGUGAUCAACUCGUUGAUUGAGAAGCGCCUUAAUGCCCUGAUCUCGCUGAUCGGCUGCCUGCUGUUCGUGGCCUCCGGAGCUCUGGUGAUCGACGAGUGGCACGGAUGGUCCCCGUUCCCGGAUAGGAAGCGCCAGGCCAUCGGAGCCGGGUCCCUGAUGAUCAUCAAUGCGGCCGUCUUCCUUCUGGACACCCUCUGCAUUUGCCGGACGUAAAGAUCGUUCCGUUCCAAGUGGAAAAGUUUUUUUUUUUUCUUGCAAAUCGAAUAACUCGUGUGUCAUCCACACAACAAGAAUCUAUGUUCUAGAUGUAAAAGUAUUUUUUUUUUUUGUGUACAAUCUUUCUAUAUGUGUAUUUUAUACGUGUCUUAAGCUAAUCUCAGAUAUACGCACGCAGAUUAUUUACAGGAAUCCAUUAAAUAUAUAUAUAAUAUGCACACAUA